AUGACAGUCAUCACUUAUUCAAGUGUUGCUGGUCGGCUUCCGAAAGAAGUCCAGGUUCUUGAACAUCCCUCUGCCCCCGGGAAUGUUGCAGAACCCCUAUCCAAGAUUCUCAAACCUUGGACCAUGCUGGACCCCUCGGAGAAGCUGUUUCUAGAUUCUUGUGGGGUCAAAGGCCAGAGAUGGAUCGAAUGGAGAGGUGACGAGGGAGGAAAGAGAGUUGAAAGGAAGAGACAAACAUGGAGCAGAGGAGUCAGCAGAGAGAAGAUGGGUGGAGAAAGGAGAGAGGAGCAGUAUAACUUAAGAAUAAAUUGCAUCAUGGAUGUAAGAAAAGACCCCAAACGUGGGGUGAAAUGCGUUGAAGUGAAGGACAAGAGCAAGACGGAUCUCUCUGGGAUUUUAACAACAAAAAGUGUAAUCGAGCAAAGAGAAAAAAGGAUGGUAAAAAGGAAGAGGUGGCCGGUGUUUUUUUGGACGCUUCACCUGAAACGCUACAGAGAAGUGAAGAGAGGGGAAAACACAAUGAAAAGGACAAGGUGGCAUCAUAUCUUCCUCUGGUUAACUCUCCUCCUCUUCAGCCUGUGUCUUAAACCUGCUUCAUCACAGGGACAUUUCCCACGAAUGGAGAACAUUGCUACCUUCAAACCAGUGUCCACCUCUCCGGCUCGUUUCACCUGUGGGGUUCCAGAGCGGAGCAGCUACUGUCAGUCAGCGUCCUCCCAGGCUGAGCUGAAGACAUGUUAUCAGGCCUUCUGUGUUCAGGAGUGUCCCUAUAGAUCCUCCACACCUCCGUAUGCCCCACUGCUUCUUCCUGCACACAGGGGUACCUGUGUAACUGAAGACAGAAAUGACACUCAUCCUGGGACUCAGACAGAGACUGGAACCACUACCAGUUCAGAGGGGCUUUCUGGUGGAUCCAGUAGUGUGCUGUUUCGGCCAGGCCCGGGUGGAUGUCUUGUCUCUCCGCCCUCGCAGAAACUAGGAGUGCUGGGAUCCCUCACCCUGGCAUUGUGGAUUAAACAAAGUUCACCUGGAGAGAUGAUGCUGCUGGAAAAGAGCUCAGGGGAGAGGCUGUUUUUCUCUGUGACAGUGUCCGAGGAGGCGGUUACUCUGCGGUAUGGUCUGUCCAGCAGUCAGACUCCUCUGACCAUCAGCUUUGGAACAAAGGGGAGGCUGACACUGGAGAGGUGGACGCACCUUGUUUUGCAGGUCAAUGAAAGACGUGUGAGUCUCUUCCUGGAUGGACUUGAGGAGGAUGGGACACCCUUUGACACACAACCGUUGACCAACAGGCUCUCUGAUAUGAGUGAGGAUGGUGCCAUGUGGGUGGGACUCAGCUCCAAUGGGUCUUAUCAGUUCAUUGGGCGGAUGCAGGACUUUAGAUUUUAUCCUGCCACUCUGACCAACAGGGAAAUUGUGGAAGUGUACUCUGGGGUUCUGCCCGAGCUCCAUGUCCAGUCAGAGUGUCGCUGUCCUCCCAGUCACCCCAGAGUACACCCUUUGGUUGAGAGAUACUGCAUUCCCAAUGGCAUUGAGGACACCACCAAUGACAGAGUCUUAAGACUCAACCUUAAUGCCCAUCCGCUCAGUUAUAUCAACGAUCGAGACAUUGGUACCACAUGGCUUUCUAAGAUCAUGACUACACAGGAACUGGAUGAAGGAGUCACUAUUACCGUGGAUUUAGUGAAUGGACAAUACCAGAUAUUCUAUGUUAUUUUGCAGUUUGGUGGGCUCUUGCCUGAGUCAGUCCUUAUCCAAAGACGGAGGCUUGACCUUACAGAACUUGACAAUGGCACCAGUGCAGAACAGCCCUGGUUGGACUGGCAAUAUAUGGCCAGAAACUGUACUGUGUUUCAAAUGCAGAACAACGGUCCUCUUCUGAAACCUGACUCAGUCAACUGUCUGCAGCUGCCCAGCGAUUUGCCCUUCUCAGGAGGUAACAUCAUAUUCAGUCUGCUGACACCGGAGCCAAACCUGAGGCCAGGCUAUAAUGACUUCUACAACACCCCUGCCCUGCAGAAGAUGGCACAUGCCACCCAGGUCAGGAUACACCUGAGUGGACAGUCCCACACCAGAGCGGACGGGGUGAACCAGCGACACAGAUACUAUGCCAUCAAUGACAUCACCAUCAGUGGCCGAUGUGAGUGUCACGGCCACGCAGACCACUGUGAAACCAGUGUGACGCCAUACCGCUGUCUGUGUCUGCCCGAGAGCCACACAGAGGGAAACAAUUGCCAGCGUUGUGCGCCCCUCUUCAAUGACAAGCCAUUCAGGUCAGGUGACCAGCUCCAGCCAAUGAACUGCCGGUCUUGUCAGUGUUAUGGCCACGCCCUCUCCUGUCAUUAUGAUGCCAGAGUCGACAACCAGCCAGAUGAGCACUAUCGAGGAGGGGGAGGUGUCUGUGACAACUGCAUGCACAAUACCAUGGGUAAGAACUGCGAGCUGUGUGUAAGUGGGUUUUUCAGGUUGGAGGAAUCUGAUCCCACUUCAGUUGAUUUGUGUCAGCCCUGCAACUGUAACACUGCUGGAACAGUGAACAGCAGUACGGAGUGUGCGCAGGUAGGAGGUCAGUGUCAGUGCAAGGCUGCAGUAACAGGUCGCCGUUGUCACGAGUGUUUGCCUGGUUGGUAUGGUCUAAAAGCCUCAAAUCCAAAUGGCUGCACCCGUUGUAACUGCAGUGACAUUGGCAUCAUCAGUACCUCAACAGAAGGAGUUCCCAGUUGCAACCACGACACCGGACUAUGCCAGUGUAAACCCCAUGUCACAGGUCUUUCUUGUGACCGCUGUGAGUUUGGUUAUUGGAACCUGUCCCACCCAGACGGCUGCAUCCCAUGUGACUGUGACCCCCUGGGUUCCCUCAGCCUGUUUUGUGAGCCUGAGGGGGGGCAGUGUGAGUGUAAGCCCGGGGUGGGGGGGCAGCGCUGUGACUCUUGCGGCAGGGGUUCGUAUGGUUUAAGACUGGAGGGAUCCUGUGCCCCCUGUGACUGCUCACAAGAGGGCACAGUACCUGGAACCGAAUGUGACCCUCACACAGGACAGUGUGUGUGUAAGGAACAUGUGGAAGGCCGUCGCUGUGACUCCUGUCGUCAUGGUUACCACACCCUGGAGCAGCGGAACUCCCUUGGCUGUCUACCGUGUGUGUGUGACAUCCAUGGCACUGUGCCAGAGGGUGUAUGUGAUAUGUGGACCGGACAAUGCCCCUGCCGAGAGGGGGUGGAGGGAGCACGGUGUACCAACUGUGCCCACAAUUACUACAACAGAAGUGUACAACUCCAGGGGUCGACCCAGGGCUGUGUACCAUGUAUCUGUGACCUCAGAGGGACAGUGACGGGGUCAGCAUGUGACAGCACCACAGGGCAGUGUGUAUGUGUCCCUACACGCUAUGGAAAGGAUUGCAGUAGCUGCCGACCUGGCUUCUACCUCUCCCCAAAUCAAAGUAUGUGUGCGGAGUGUGACUGCCAUCCAAUGGGAGCAUCGCAGCGUGGAUGUGAGAGCCAGACUGGACAGUGUGUGUGUGCUCAUCCCUCAGUGGGAGGGCGACGCUGUGACGAGUGUCGUGAGAUGUUCUUUGGAUUCAACCCUGGCCUGGGCAGAUGCCAGCCAUGCGCAUGUGACCUGAUGGGCAGUGUCAAUGGAUCAUGUCAUCCAGACUCAGGGGUGUGUGUGUGUAAGCUGCUGGUAACUGGAGACAAGUGUGAUAUAUGUCAACCUGGAGCGAGUCAUUUCAACCCUGAGAACCACUUUGGCUGCAGUAAAGCGCCAUCUCAGCAACCUGCACCAGUAGGUCUUGCUCUCAGUUAUUCUUCCAUUCGUCUCUCUUGGCAUCCGCCUGACUCCCCAAACUCAAACAGACUCAACUACACAGUCAUCAGAGAUGGACAGUCAGUGCAGAGCAUCCAAAGUCACUAUCCUUUCAGCCCUGAAUCAUUUGAAGACACUGGUUUAUUUCCCUACACCAACUACUCUUACUGGCUUGUAACAGCUAAUGUGGCUGGGUCGACAAUAAGUGCAUCAGCCUCAUACCAAACUUUGGGUGCUCCGCCAGAAGCAGAACAGCUCCAUUUAAACCUUGUGGGGCGACCUGGUCCAACCACAGCUAGCUUUAACUGGAGCACACCACGAAAUGAUACAGGCCCAGUGGAUAGGUUUGUGCUAUCUUCCAUGGAGUCCAGUGGAGCAGAGCCUGUCAUUCACUACACAGGCUUAUCUACAGAAGCUGUGGCAAGCAGUCUAAAGCCCUUCACCCAAUACACUGUCAUACUGGAGGCGUGCUCUUCAGGGGGAUGCACUUCUACCCCACCCCUGUCUCUACUGACAGCCUCUGCCCCCCCCCAAACCCAACCCCCUACCCGAUACACUCCUCCAGGACCUCUUACACUGGACGACUCCUGGGAGCCCCCCAGUCAGCCAAAUGGCGUUAUCACAAGGUAUGAGGUCUUUCUUCGUGGACCGAUGGAAACACAGAACCAUUCAAGUCCUGCUGUUGAAAGGAGAGUGUUCUCCAGUGCUGGGUGGCAUGAUCCAAGUGUUUCUCUAGAAGCACAGCCAACCAAUAAGAGCACAGUUUCGCCCCCUGAGAGCAGUGCCAUUGUAGAGGGUCUGCAGGCAUUUUCCACCUAUCAAAUGAGAGUUGUUAGCAUCAAUAUGGCAGGAAGUGUCACAUCGGAAUGGACCACAGCACGCACAAUGGAGGGAGUCCCAGAGUUGAUGGCUCCUCCAGAAGUGUCGGCAGUGUCAUCCACCAGUCUCAAAGUUUCAUGGAGCUCUACUGAGGGUCAAGGGAUCAUUGCCCGAGGACAGGUCACAGAAUAUCGGGUCAACUUGCUCACUGAACAGACCAACAAUCCCUAUGCUCCUCCUGUAAUCAGUCAGGUCUUACAUAGGGUGGGACCAUCGUCACAGCCUGUUUAUAUAGCGAAAGGACUGAGGCCAUACCACGUGUACAACUUCACUGUUACACUCUGCACAAAGGCAGGUUGCAUCUCCAGUCUGCCAAGCACAGGACGGACCCUACCAGCAGCUCCAACAGGACUGUCUCCGCCUCAGUUACAUCCAGUAAAUGAAACCACCAUUCAGAUAGACUGGAACCCCCCAGUUCAACUCAAUGGACCACCACCACUAUAUCAGGUGGAGAGAACAGACGUCUCUCUUUCUGACCCACAAAGUCCUGUUGUCAGAGGAACUAGAUUCCCUGGAAACAGUUACUACCAGUUUCCCAGUGAUACCCUUCCUGUCAACACCGACUUUACAGGCGUUGCGUUGACUUUCAAAACUCGGUCCCCAGAUGGCCUGCUGCUCUGUGCCUUCUCUCCAGGAAAUCAGGAAGAGUUCCUGGCUAUUCAGCUCAGAGAUGGACAGCCUUACUUCCUGUUUGACCCACAGGGCUCAGCAGUGGCUGUGAGAGUACAGGGUGAUGGAGGGCGCCACUUCAAUGAUGGACAAUGGCACAGCAUCAUAGCAACAAGGCGAGGGGCCGUGGGAACAAUCAUUGUAAACAAUCAAUACAGAGGAAGUGCGUCAGCUUCUAGUGGCAGCACCAUUAUUGGUGAGAACACAGGGAUGUUCAUUGGAGGGCUGCCUGACGACUUUACUUUGCUAAGAGAGGAUUCAGGUGAUGCUCGGCUAGUGCGACAGGGUUUCUCUGGUUGCCUCAGAGACGUGAGUUUUAAGAUGACUGACAGCCCCUCAGAGGAAUGGAAAUCUCUUGACUGGGCAAAAGCUACAAAGAAGGUGGCAGUGUAUGAAAGCUGGGAGGGAUGCCCUGUUCAAACUGUGGAUGGAGCCCAUUUUCUGGGUCAUGGGUAUUUGGAGAUGGACAGAGAUGUAUUCAGUGGAGGACAGGACUUUGACAUUUCUAUGGAUUUCAGAACAGACCAGCUCAAUGCACUUAUGCUCUUUUCAUACAGUACAGAAACUGAAGACUACAUGCUGGUGGAGCUGGAAGGCGGUCUCCUGUCCUUCAUUCUUGCCUCUGAUGGUCACGUGACUGAACUGAGCAUGUGGGUGGGGCUUAGCUACUGCGAUGGAGACUGGAAACUGCUUUCGUUGGCAAAACGUGGCUCACUCAUUUCUGCUGCAGUCGAUGACUGGGCAGAGGAGAUGAGAGGAGUGGGAGGAGCAGUGAGCCUUAGAGUUAAUUCACCAUUAUACCUGGGGGGCGUGCCCAUGGAGCUCAUGCAUCCUGCUCUGGUCAGCCGAAGUCACAGACACGGCCUAGGAGGUUGCAUAAAGGGUCUUACCAUACGAAGUGAUGAAACAAACCCUCCCGUCAGUCAAAGUGUUAACCUGUCUGCUGCCUCCCGACACUCUGUCAGAGUCUACUUAGACGGCUGUCCCACCAGUGAAAGCCGGUACAACUGCAGAGGAAAUGAUUCAGUGUUGGUGUAUAGCGGGAGGAAGACACAAGCCACAGAUUAUAGCCUACAACCUUUCACUGAGUAUUUGUACAGGUUUGUGGCCUUGGCUGCAGGAGGCUGGGCAGCCGGACCUUGGCAGAGAGGACGCAGCCGAAGCAAAGCACCUUGGUCUGUCCCACCUCCUACCACGGUGCAGAGCUUGAAUGGCUUCAGUGCCAAGGUGAGCUGGGCGCCGCCCCCUGGGGAAGUCAGAGGGUUGAUUGAUCGAUACGAGUUGAAAGCCUACAACAGAGAUCAGCCAGAAGAACCACCUAUCAAAGCCAUAUACCUGGCUAAUGGAAAUUUCACAGGUGUGCUGCCGGGUCUCACUCCAUCCACUCGAUACAUUGUCACUGUAAGUGCCUGUACUCCUGUUGGCUGCACCGAGAGUCUUCAUAACAUCAGUGGUGAUGAUAAUGAUUUUAGGACAAGCCUCACAACCCCAGAGGAAGCUCCAGAUGCUGUCUCUCCUCCAGCUGCAGUCUCAUCACCCUCAGCCCUCUUUAUCACCUGGGAACCUCCAGCAAGGCCCAAUGGAGACAUUACAGAGUUCCUCCUCUAUCACAACAACCAAAUGGUCUACAGGGGGAAAGGCAGACAACACAACAUCACUGGUCUUGGUGUGUAUUCCACCCAUGUUUUGGUGCUGAGUGCAUGCACAUCAGUGGGCUGCACCAACAGUUCACAAGUUAUUAUGCUGACCUCUCAGCUUCCUCCGGGGCCUCUACACGCACCGACUCUUACCCCGCUUGACUCACGGACUAUUCUGGUCGAGUGGUCACGUCCCUCUCAGGUAAAUGGCGCUCUGGAGUUCUACUCCAUCUUCCUGUCACAUGAUGGUGCAGCGCCUGUGCUUGCCUAUAACAGCUCAGAACUUUUUGAAGAUCACACGCUACGCAACCUGACCCCCGGAACAGCCUACAUCAUCACAGUCGCUGCCUGCACGGGAGGUGGCUGUACCUUAAGCCCUCCCAGCCAGGCUCAGACUGAGGAGAGCACCCCGGAGAAUGUUCCUGCGCCGCUGGUCACACCUCUGUCCCCACAUGCACUCAACGUCAGCUGGACACCUCCUGAUACCCCGAAUGGCAUUAUAACCAGUUAUGGUCUCUGGCUGGAUGGAGUCCUCAUUUUAAACUCCAGUUCCUCCCAGAGGUUCUUUGUGGUUGAGGGACUCUCUCCAUGGAGCCGACACAUACUCAGGCUGCAGGCCUGUACAGCACGGGGCUGUGGCAAAGGACCAAUGGUGGAGAUGCGUACCUUGGAGAUGGCCCCAGAAGGCCCUAUACUGUUGGAACUGGCCAAUCAGAGCUCUCGAUCACUCCGGGCCCGCUGGACAGCCCCGCCUAGACCAAAUGGGAACCUCAGCUACACACUGUACUACAAAAGCAAAGAUUGUGAUGGUGUGUUGGAUGGAAGUGCGGCAGCAGGCAGCUGGUUGUCUGUGAUGGACCUACAGCCUUACACCAACUACAGCUUCUGGAUCAGAGGUUGUAACACACAGGGUUGUGUCGAGAGCCUGCCGCUUUAUGUUACUACGCCCCCAGCAGCCCCAGAUGGGCUGUCACCUCCGAAGUUGGCCCAUUCAACUAGUGCCAGCCUGAAUGUGUCCUGGUCUGCCCCCACCCACUCCAACGCACCAGGCCCACUCCGUUACAGCCUGCAAAUGAGGACGUCCCCUCAGAGGCCUGUAAUAAGGCUUAUGGAAAAUGCAACAGACACCUUUUCCUACCUUGUAGAGGGCCUAUCACCGUACACCCAGUACAUGUUUAGAGUGGUGGUCUCACACACACAUGGGCAGACAGUCGGCCCCUGGGCAACCCUGCGUACCACAGAGGACAGUCCAGGACCAGUGGACACUCCCAUUGUAUCUGGGCUUCUUCCUAGAAGUGUAAAAAUUACCUGGGUUCCUCCUUCCCAACCAAACGGCAUUAUAACCAGUUAUACCCUCUAUCUUCGCCCCAGUUCUAUCUCCUCUUUAGAUUUCAAACCCGGCUCAGUCUCCAGCAUCAGCACAACUCUAAACUCCAGCUCAGGUCGUAACUUGAGCCUAUUGUCCAGCACUGAGGGUGCAUAUCUCAGCUCGGGCCAUAACUUUAUCUCCAUAUUCACUGUCAGCACAGACAGUAAUGACAGCUCAAGCACAAUUCAAAGUACAAGACCAAGCCCCCACAAUAACACUUUCCCCAGCUUGAUGUCUGGCAUCACAGAAGACAACCAGAUCAAGUCUCCUGGUGUGAACAAUACAAGCCGAGGCCCUGCUUCAUUCUCAUUCAACCCCACUGAGCCCACUACCGCCAGUAUAAACCCAAGCCCAAGUCUGUCAAACCCAAAAUACAAUGCAAACAGCUCCAAAAAUGAACAUAUUCUUAAACCGGACUCUUUCCACAAUGCCAAUCCUGGUCUCUCAAGUGCAGCUUCCAAUUCAAGUCCAUCCCUUCUGUCAGUCACUGUUCCAGGGAAUACCACCAGCUACACUUUCCUCGACCUACUGCCAUACCAGACCUACAGCCUCCAGGUGGAGGCCUGUACCAGUGUGGGUUGUUCAGUAUCCGGGGUGUCUCAGGACUUUCGUACCCUCCCCGCUCCCCCUGAAGGGGUUCCUGCACCUCACCUUUACUCUGACACCCCUACCUCUGUUCUCCUGUCUUGGGGUGCACAGGAGUUGAGCAAUGGACCACUAGAGCGGUGGCUGAUUGAGCGCAGAGUUGCUGGGACCCAACAAGUUUCCACAGUGGGCCAUCUCCCACCAGACCCUCCCCCUCUUUCCUUCCUGGACUCUUCAUCGGCUCUAAGUCCCUGGACUAGCUAUCAGUAUCGACUUGUGCUCUAUAAUCAGGCAGGCAACACCACAGGACCCUGGGUCAGUAUCACCACCAGACCCUCUCGGCCAGCUGGUCUCAGUCCACCGAGAGUGAAGGUCUUGGGGCCAGAGUCUAUUCAGGUCAUUUGGUCCCCCCCUCUUAUUCCCAAUGGAGAAAUCCAUGGCUAUGAUAUCCGCCUCCCAGAACCCCGCAUCUUCCAUGACAGUGGCAUCGCCUCUGAGCUCAACAUCACAAUAACAGACCUCAUUCCAUACACAAACUACAGUAUUACUGUGUUGGCAUGUUCCAACGGUGGUGGACAUGUUGGAGGAUGUACAGAAAGCCUUCCCACACCUGCUGCAACAUUACCCACAAUCCCUGAAGGCCUUGGACCACUGUCUGCGGUGGCAGUCAGUGAGUCCUUUCUGGCCAUUUCCUGGCAACCACCAAGAAGGCCCAAUGGACCCAACAUCAGAUACAAGUUGCUCAGACGUAAAACCCACCAGCCCCUGGCCAUCACCACGGUCCCCACGGUAACAGCCCUGUCCCCUCCCCCCUCUGAAGAUCUCCAUCGCUGGCUCCAUGUUUACUCCGGCACCAAAUUGUUCUACCAAGAUAAAGGCCUAAGCAGAUUCACCCGUUACCAGUACCAGUUAGAGGUACAUAAUGUCGUGGGCUACUCUUCAGGAGACAUUGUUACGGCGAUGACCAUGGCGGGGGUCCCCCACCACCCUCCAUCUCUGUCAGCGCACGCUAUCAAUCACACUGCUGUACAGGUCAACUGGACACAACCCUCUUUGCGAGACCUACAGGGGGAGGUUGAAGCUUACUUUCUGACAGUAGCAUCUGCCGAGUCAAGUCAAAUGGUGGCUUUCCCUCCUGAGAUCACCUCUACGAUGAUAAGUGACCUUUGGCCGAGUACCACAUAUAUGUUAUCAAUGCAUGUGUCAAACGGAGCACACAAUACAACAAAGACAACAGUAAAUGUCACCACAGAGGAUGGAGAGCCAGACGGGAUGUCUGCCCCAGAGGUGGUUCCAGUUAACAGCAGCACAGUACGCGUCCUCUGGUUCCCUCCUCUACGACCCAAUGGAGCAGUUACUGGUUACUAUAUCUACCUGAAUGAACAUCUCCAUGGUAGUGUAGACAACAGCUCAGGGUCCUACCUGCUGGGGAACUUGCUACCUUUUACGGUCUACAAUGUUCAGGUGGGGGUGUGUACUGUGUAUGCAUGUGUGCGGAGUAAUGUUACUCAGACAACCACGGUGGAGGACUUUCCUGCCAACCUGGCUCCGCCGCACACACACGUGAUCAGUCCCAGAGUGGUGAGGUUGGACUGGUCCCGUCCAGGCAGACCCAGUGGGAUCAUGCUUGGCUAUGAUGUCUUAAGACGGACUCUGAGGUCAUGUGCCAUUGGGUCAAAAGGGGUCAUGUCCUCUGUGGGGGACGAGUCAGGAGGUGCAGGUAGUGUAAGGUUCAGAUGUACCUACCUGCAGUGUCCUGCCAGUCAUGGUGUGUGCGGGAUGUCCUGCUUCCAUCCCCAUAUUCAGGUUUGCUGCAGUGGACUGUUGUACACUAAGAAACCAAAUCAUCAUUGCUGUGAAAGCAGCUACCUGAGUUUGAGUAAUUCCUCCAACCCAGUCUGCUGCAAUGGCAAACUGCUCCCAGCUCUUCCUGACCACCAGUGCUGUGGAGGAUACUAUGUUCAUGUAAAAACCAAUGAAAACUGCUGCCCUGACCACACACAGGGCCGGGUCUCAGUGGGGCUGGGUGACAGCUGCUGUGGGGGGGUUCCUUACUCCAUGAAAGGCAGCCAGCUCUGCUGUAGUGGGAGCCUCCAUGAUGGUUUUGGGGUUCAAUGCUGUGGAGGCCGUGUUGUCGAAGAUACACUGGUGUGCUGCGGUGAUGCUGAGAGAGGGGACGUGCAUACAUAUACUGCAGGCUUUGUCUGCUGCGGUCAGGAGUAUAUAAACUCUUCAACCUCUCUUUGCUGUGUGGGCAAUAACGGCUAUCCCACAAUGCACCCUGCUGGCAAUGCCACAGUAACACUGCAGUGCUGUGGGUCAAAGGUCAUACAUCAGGAAGAGGAAUGCUGCAAUGGGAUUGGUUAUGAUCCUCAACGACACGUGUGUGCUGACGAGCCCACACCCGGCCUUUUGAUACAGCACCAGUGUUUGCAGGGUGCCGUGUGUCCUGUAGCGGCAGCAUCUACAGCUUACUGUGGCUCCUGUGACCUCGAUCCAUCUACGACCGCCUGCACAUGGGUGCUGUCUGCACACACACACCCUGACCCACCCUCCACAACAUACUCACCUUUCAGCAACACCACUCAAGAAACUCUCACUGGGGGCCUGUCUGCACAUACAAACAGAAGUGACAACACUAACAAAAUGGCAGACGUGUACAGUCACACUGAGAACCUGCAAUACGAGGGAAGCCUGUGCCCAUCACAUGAGGAGGUGGUGUACAGCGGAGAUGCCAACAGAUACACCUAUACAGACUCUGACCUGGAGCCCUUCACCACCUAUGAGUACAGAGUGAGGGGCUGGAACAGCUUUGGACGAGGCUCCAGUGAUGUUACAGCAGUGACCACCAGUGAAGACAAACCGUGGGGAGUGGCACCGCCUCGCUGGAGUCGCUUAGGUGAACGAGAUGACAUCAUUCAGUUGCAAUGGCAAGCACCCGCCAGGCCAAAUGGGGACAUCACCCACUAUGUUAUACUGCGUGAUGGACAAGAGCGUUACCGUGGUGAUGAAAACACUUUCACUGAUGUGGGUGGGAUCAGGCCUUUCCAUGAGUACAGUUACCAGCUGAGGGUCUGUAACCGGGCUGGUUGUACCGACAGUGCAAAGGUGGUGGCUGUGACAGUCCAGGGAGUCCCAGAGGGCGUGCAGCCUCCAGUGGUCAGAGCGUCAAGCCCCUCCUCCCUCUGUUUAAGUUGGUCUGAACCGACUCAUCCCAAUGGAAACAUACAGUGGUACCACCUGAACCAGACUGGUGUUGGAACCAUAUUUACACACACUGAUGGGCCCAGAAAUUAUACUGUGACUGGUUUGCAGCCGUACACAGACUACAGUUUUGUGCUGGUAGCCUGCACAGCUGUCGGAUGUGGAGCCAGCUCGCCUUCCACAGGACGCACCUUGCAAGCCUCCCCUGCUGGUGUAUGGUCAAGCCACAGACAUGUCAUAAUAAACACAUCUGCAGUGGAGCUGUACUGGGAUCAGCCACCUCAGCCUAAUGGACACAUCUCCCAGUACAGACUGAACAGAGACGGUCACACUAUUUUUACUGGAGACAACCGUGUCCAGAAUUAUACUGACACUGGACUCCUGCCAAACCACAGGUAUGUGUAUAAGCUGGAGGCCACUACGGGGGGUGGGACUGGUGUGAGUGACAAAUAUGUCAUACAAACACCAGUCUCCUGCCCCACUGGGAUCCAGCCUCCCCACAGUGUAACGAUAGCCGGGCCCUAUUCCAUCUCUCUUGCCUGGACCGCUCCUGCUCAGCUCAACAACAGCCAGCCUGUAAACUACAACAUCCUGUUAAACCCAGGAAGUGACAGAGCUAUAAUUCGUCACGCUGGUCAAGUCCGGCGCCUCACAGUGACAGGUCUAGAGCCAUUCACCGCCUACUACAUUAGAGUGCAGGCCUGCCAAGUUGAUGGGUGUGGAGUCGGGGAGGGUGUGUAUGCUCGGACUUUAGAGACAGCCCCAGAGGAUCUGCUGCCCCCCACAGUAAAGGCAGCUGGAGCGCACGUCCUGGAGAUCCACUGGUCACCCCCAAAAAAACCCAAUGGACUCAUCACAUCAUACCAUAUAUACAGACGUCCAGUAGGAACAGAGGAGGAGCUGCUGGUUUUUAUCUGGACCAGUGGGCCACUUGAAUUUUUCGAUGCAAGCCCUGCCCUGAGACCCUUCAGCUAUUUCCAGUACAGGGUUCGUUCCCACAACUCUAAAGGCUCAGUUGUGAGCCAGUGGGCUUUAGCUCGGACAUUACAAGCAGAACCACAAGAUAUGGCCCCUCCCACUGUCACACCUACCGGUGCAUACUCAGUCCAUCUAAAAUGGAGUGAACCAGGGCAGCCCAGCGGCCUCAUUUCCCAUUAUAGACUGGUUUACAAGAAGCACCAACAGGACCCAACGCUCAACUCAACUGAUGUUACUGCUCUCACCGUGGAGGGUUCAGUCUUAGAAGCAACAGUCUUUGGCUUUGAACCGUACACUCAGUAUAGUCUUCGAGUGGAAGCUGUGAACGAGGCAGGUCGUGUGUCCAGUCCAUGGGUAGCCAUCAGGACCCUGGAGGCGUCUCCGUCAGGCCUGUCUAACUUCACAGUGGAGCAGAGGGAGCAGAGCAGGGCGCUACUGUUAAGCUGGACUCAGCCAAGUGCUCCAAAUGGAAUCAUCACGAUGUACAACUUGUACAGUGAGGGGAACCUGGAAUUCAGUGGACUAUCACGCAACUUCCUGUUUCGUCGCUUGGAGCCAUGGACCAUGUAUACUUUGACUCUUGAGGCUUGCACAUUAGCAGGCUGCACACGCACCCCGCCUCAGCAUGUCACCACAGCAGCAGCUCCACCUGCUUCCCAGCCCCCUCCCAGGCCUGUCUUCAUCGGCCCAGACCAUGUGUCACUUACCUGGGGCCCUCCCUCCCAGCCCAACGGGCCAAUUGGAGAAUAUUUCUUACUGGGGAGAAGUCUGGAGGACGUGAGCAGGGGAAGAAGUAAUGAAGAGGAUAUUGAAAGGGGAAAGGUGCUGUUCAGGGAAUCAUCCCCACAACAUGGUGACACCUUCUCAUAUACAGUGACUGGUCUGCGCCCCUGGACACAGUACGAGUUCAGUGUCCGCACUCACAACCCCGCAGGACACACCUACAGCCCCUGGGUACCUGUGACAACCAGACAGGCACCUCCUCGUGGUCUAGCUCCCCCAACAGUGACUCACCUCCAAGGCCGGCCCAGUGAGGUGUUGGUGUCCUGGACUCCUCCUUUGGAGCCCAACGGGAUACUUCAGUCUUACAGGCUUCAGAGAAAUAAUGUCAGUUUUACAUUUAGUUUUGACCCUACUGUCCUCCACUACACAGACGAAGACCUCCUGCCAUUUUCAACAUAUAGCUACUCAGUUAUAGUCUGCACGUCUGAGGGAUGCACCACCAGCCCUCAUACAAACAUCACAACUCUAGAGGCUCCACCUGCCACAGUGGAAGCUCCCACAGUGGACAUUAUCACAUCCAAUAGUAUAAACAUUUCCUGGAGAAAACCCAUGACACAGAAUGGAGAGGUGACAGAAUACGUGCUGACACUGAACAAUGAAGAAAAGUAUCGUGGGAGAAACCUGAAUACAGUGUUGUCAGAUCUGCAGCCACACACGUCAUAUCAUCUGGUCCUUUUAGCAUGUACCAGCGGUGGGUGCACAUCCAGCGCCACAAUGUCUGCUGUGACUGGGGAGGCUCCUCCCACUGGCCUGGCUGCCCCAACUCUGAAGGUCACUGGUCCAGAGUCAAUGGAGGUUAGCUGGAGGCCACCAGAGCACCCAAACGGCAUCAUCACAGGAUAUGAACUCCGCAGAGAUGGUGAAGUUAUCUAUGUCGGCACAGAGACUCAUUACCAUGACUUCACGCUUUUGCCAAGCGUGGAAUACAGCUACAUUGUCCGGUCCAACAACAGUAAAGGGGCAGUGAGCAGUGCGGCAGCCACAGCAAAGACUCACCCGUCUGCUCCUUCUGGUGUUGGUCUCCCCACACUUACGCCUCUGGGACCAACUCAGUUGAGAGUAGAGUGGAGUACUCCAGCCCGUCCUAACGGAGACAUCGUGAGUUACACCGUGUAUCAAAGAGAUCCAAACCAGCUCAGCAUCAUCAGCACUGUGUUCACUCCAGAGGACGAUGACUUCUCUGGCCGACACACAGCUCUGAGUGGGCUGGCUCCUUACCACAGGUAUGAAGUGAGGGUGGAGGCUUGCACAGCGCUGGGUUGCUCCUCCAGUGACUGGUCGUCUGUGUUCACUCUGGAGGCUCCCCCUACUGGACAAACAGCGCCCCUGUUAGACCUCCAGUCCGACACUCACACAGGCCUGCAGACCACCUUUCUGCUCACCUGGUCUCCUCCGGUUCAGCCAAAUGGUAGAGUCCUCCAUUACGAGGUGUACCGCAGACUGGACCAUGCCACCGAUACCCACAGACGUGUUGCACCAACGCUUGUCUACAGGAACAUCUCAACUACUUGCAAAGAUGAAGCACUCCAGCCGUACACUGUGUACCAGUACCAGGUGUGGGCAGUGAAUUCGGCCGGUCGUUCUACCAGUCCAUGGACCAAUGGGAGAACAGGACCUGCCCCACCCGACGGCGUAGGCACACCUAUUUUCCUGCGUGUUUCAGCAACCUCAGCUGUAGUGGACAUCCAUCCUCCGGCCCGACCUAAUGGGAUCGUCAGCCUUUACAGAGUGUUCUCAGUCAACCACAACAACCACACUUUGCUCUCAGAAGGUACGUCCCACCAGCAGACACUCCAUGGUUUACGUCCAUUCACCAAGUACUGGGUUGGAGUGGAGGCCUGCACCUGUUAUCAGUGCUGUAGCCAGGGUCCACUGAGUGAGCUCCACACUCUGGCUGCCCCCCCAGCGCAUCAGCCUCCUCCUCGCCUCAUCACCCUGACCACCCGCUCGGUUCAGAUGGAGUGGGACGAGCCUCUGGCACCUAAUGGAGUCAUUGAAAGCUGUGAGCUUCAUCUCAGAUCGGCUUGCCCACAGCCGCCCCAGCCCGUACCCCUCCCUUGUGAUGAAGGACCAAUAGAAAUCUGUUUCUUUGGUAAAAGGCGGAGCUACAAUGUAACAGGUCUCCAACCAUACACCACCUAUCAGCUGAGGGCUGCCUGCUUCAACAACAUGGGCAGCACUGCCUCCAACUGGACGCCUGUUACCACACUCAGCGAAGCCCCCCAGUAUGUGUCUCCUUUCUCAGUGGGCAGCAACCUGACAGUUAUUUGGCUCGACUGGACGGGGUCCUUCUCCCUCAAUGGAUACCUGAAGGAGUAUAGUGUGACAGAGAGCCAGCUGAGGGUCUACACUGGCUUCUACAGCUAUCUACAUAUUCCACGCACCUCACAGAAAACUCUUUCAUUUCAGGUGACUUGUACCACUAACAGUGGCAGUGCUAGUACACCAACUAUCAGAUAUAGCCCUGCCACAGGCCUAGAUCCUCUUGAGCCUGAAGACGGUGGUAAAGAGGGCAUUAGUAUGUCAGCAACACCAGUUUACUCAGAGCUGUGGUUCAUCUUGUUGUUUGCCCUGCUGGGUCUGUUCCUGUUAGCCAUACUGCUGGGCCUAGUCUUACAGAGAGCCCUGAGGAAGAAUCCAUCAGCCAGAGAGCGCCCCCCGCUGGUCAUGCUUCAGAAGACCAGGAAAGCCGGGGGAGAGACAUACAUGAGGCCCUGUCCUGAGUUGUGCUCUAAACAUCACUCCAGCUCUGUGCUCCUCCCUGACCAUCCCACAGGUCUGAUGGACACAAAGAUAGUCGGCAGCAGCUCACGGUUCAGUCCUAUGUCCGUCCUGCGGGUUCCCAGCCAAACAGACCUCGGUCAGGCCUACUCCCAGCAUUCCCUGCACCGCAGCGUCAGUCAGCUGAUUGACAGGAAGUCACUGAUGAUGGAGGAAGGAAGCUGGGACAAUCCACUGGGACAUGAUUCUGGACUGUAUGUGGAGGAAGAUGAGUUUGUGGACGCAAUCAAGGCCUUGAAAUCUGUGAAAAAGGAGCACACCAUGUUCACUGACACUCAUCUUUAA